CUCGGCCGCUGGCCCCGCCCCCUCCCCCUGCCCCGGGCCUGGAGGAGGAGCGGCACACAGGCCGAUGCUGGGCCACUCACGGCAGCGGCGUCAAGUAGUGGCGGCGACUUCGGCUCCUCCGCGCUCUUGCUCUCCCCGGCCCGUCGCCCGAGCGGAGCGGACGGCUUGAGAUGGACAGCCGAAACGGCGACUUCAACAUCCUGCUGGCCACGGAUUCCUACAAGGUGACUCACUAUCAGCAAUAUCCACCCAAUACAAGCAAGGUCUAUUCUUACUUUGAAUGUCGUGAAAAGAGGACAGAAAAUAACAAAUCCAACAAGGUGCAAUAUGAUGAAACUGUGUUCUAUGGUUUGCAGUAUAUUCUGAAGAAAUAUUUAGCAGGUAAAGUUGUAACAAAGGAAAAAAUUCAAGAGGCCAAAGAGGUCUACAGAGAACAUUUUCAACAUGAUGUAUUUAAUGAGAGUGGCUGGAAUUAUAUCCUUGAGAAACAUGAUGGUCACCUUCCAAUAGAAAUAAAGGCUGUUCCUGAAGGAAGUGUCAUUCCCCGGGGGAACGUUCUCUUUACAGUUGAAAAUACAGACCCAGAGUGUUAUUGGCUAACUAAUUGGGUUGAGACUAGCCUUGUUCAAACUUGGUAUCCAAUUUCUGUGGCUACCAAUUCCAGAGAGCAGAAGAAAAUUUUGGCCAAGUAUUUAAUGCAGACUGCUGGUAAUUUAGAUGGACUGGAGUACAAGCUUCAUGACUUUGGCUAUCGAGGGGUUUCCUCUCAAGAGACAGCAGGAAUAGGGGCGUCUGCUCAUCUGGUAAACUUCAAAGGAACUGACACAGUUGCAGGAAUCACAGUAAUCAAGAAGUAUUAUGGAACAAAGGACUCCAUGCCGGGCUUUUCAGUGCCAGCAGCAGAACACAGUACAAUUACAGCAUGGGGAAAAGACUGUGAAAAAGAUGCCUUUGAACACAUAAUGAAGAAGUUUUCUACUGUGCCUGUAUCAAUUGUCAGUGACAGUUAUGAUAUAUAUAAUGCUUGUGAAAAAAUCUGGGGUGAGGACUUAAGAGGUUUGAUAGAAGGAAGGAGUCCUGAAGCUCCACUCAUUAUUCGGCCAGAUUCAGGAAAUCCACUUGAUACAGUUUUACAGGUUCUUGAGAUCCUUGGGAGGAAAUUUCCACCAUUCGAAAAUUCUAAAGGUUAUAAAGUACUUCCACCUUUCUUGAGGAUCAUUCAGGGAGAUGGUGUGGAUAUCAACACUUUACAAGAGAUUGUACAAGGAAUGAAAGAACAUAAAUGGAGCAUUGAAAACAUUACCUUUGGUUCUGGUGGAGCUUUGCUACAGAAGAUGACAAGAGAUCUUUUGAAUUGUUCUUUUAAGUGCAGUUAUGUCGUGACCAAUGGCCUAGGGGUAAAUGUUUUCAAAGAUCCAGUUAUGGAUCCAAACAAGCGAUCCAAGAAAGGGCGUCUGUCUUUGCACUGCACUGCUUCAGGAGAUUAUGUUACACUCGAAGAGGGUAAAGGCGAACUUGAACAAAAUGGGCCUGAUCUACUGCACACAGUUUUCAAGAAUGGCAUAGUUGUAAAGAGCUACACCUUUGAUGAAGUGAGGGAAAAUGCGCAACUGAAGAAUAAAAUGGGAGACUCUCAAAUCUGAGUUGAUUUCAAACAAAUAACUGCAGAAUGAUGUCCUAGGUCUGUUGCAGAUUUGGUGCGCAGAUGUGUGUAUAUAUGCAGUUUUAAUUUACCUAUUAAAUCUAAACAUUUAUAAUUAUAUGCUGUGCCACAUAAACAGCAAAUGACGAUCAAGCGUACAGUGAUCAUCCAGUAUGGUUUGUAUUUUUAACACUCGCUGUACACAGUCUCAACAAUUUGUUGCUUUGAACAGCUGCUACUUGUGUUUUAAAAUGUAAAUUGUGAGGUAUAAUAGUGGUUACUAGGAAUUAUGAAAAUGUACAAAUGUCGGCCCAUGUUUGUUAUGUGUUUGGACUAGCUGACCACCUUCAGUGGGUGAAAAAUUUGGCCAAUAUUGGAAAUAAUUUAAAUUUUAGUGUACAUAUAUACCAAGUUCCUUUUUGAUCUUCCUAUUUUAUUGUUUUUAAGACACUGUUCCAGUUUAGGAAUAAGGGCUGCUUUGCAGAAUAAAGUAUCAGGUUGUGACAAAGUACAACCAUUUGAUGUUGUGUUGAACAAAGCCUUUUUUGCGCGCACGCACACACACACACAAACAUGAGUAGAUUUUGAAAGGAUGGAUAGUUAAUGGUGCACUUUUAUUUAUAGACCUGUGUGUGCUGAAAAUGCAGGCUUUUUAAGAGCAAUUGUGGAGGAAGGGAAGAUGUCCACUCUAACUAAAAUUGCUCUUUGCAACAAUCAGAAGUGAAUUAAUGCAAGAUGUGUAACUGUUUUUCUCUCUCUCUCUUUCAAGUAUACUGAUUAAUUUGGAUUAGACUUUUAAUGCACAUGAUGAACUUAUAACCUUAUUUCUGAAAUUGAUAGGAAGGUGCCUUCCUUUGAACACUUAUUUUGGCUUUUUCUUUAAUACAAUUUAAUCUUUGCUGACUCUCACUACCAGUUGUUUCUACACUGAGGUAAGAUUGGGAUGGAAGAGGCAAUUCAGUGUGUCAUUAUAUACAUAUAUCUCCCCUGUAGAAUGUUAAAGCAAACCCAAACUGUCUCGGAAUAAGAAAUGGAAUUGGCAAUGAAAUCUUACAACCCUAUAGGAUUGGCUUUAAAUUUGAUCUUGUGUCCCAUUGCAUUUAUCAGUUCUGGAGAUGGUUUAAUGCACCAGUUAUGUGUAAUAUGCUUUGUUUUUUGUACAGUUGUUUGAUGUCUCCAGUUUCAGAUUAUACUUGUUAUUUUUUUAUUUUUUUUACCACAGCAAUGUAUCUAAAUAUUAAAACAGAGCAUUGGACUAUGCCAUUGGAUUUUUUAAAAUUUGUCAAGUGAACAUUACUGAUUCCACUCAUCGAUGAUGUAAUGGCUUAACCAGAAAUUUAAGGACAAGUUGAAAAUAAACAGCUUGCUUGUUUUUGUUCUUUUAUUCCCCCAUAUAAUCUUGAAAUGGAAGAACAUUUGCUGUUAUAUAAGAAUGUGUAACCUUAAAUAACUCAUUGAACUGGUUCCAAUGAUAUUUGUUCUGUGAAGUAUGGCUUUCUCUUGCAUUCAGUGCCACAGUGAUGAUUGUCUGUCAAGGAUAGAAAUGGGAAUAAUGUUGUACAAUUGUUCAAAACUGAGAUCAGACAGAACAGCAAAUAGAAGGAUCAAAAUUAUAAAUGAUCAUUGGAACAUUUUAAGUACUUGUUGAAUGAUGUUUUAAUAUUAAACUCAUCACUAAGAUGUUUUCAUUUAAUAACAUUGCUGUUUUCAACCUGCUUUACAUUCCUAAAAAUAAAAGGUAGUUCAGCUUGUGUUCAAUGAAAUACCAACCACAACUGCUAGAUAUAAUCAAUUCAUUCACACAAACAUUACAUGGGAACCUUGGCAAAGAACUCCUCUGGGGGAAUGAAUCAUUGCAUUAAAUAAACAAUGUUAUGAGAACUGAAGAUUUUAUCUGGCUGCAGAAACAAUAUGUUGUGCUGUAUACAGAAAUUUUUGUAUCAGAUUUUCAUGAAUGAAUUGCAAUGUUUAAGUAAUGGAGUUGAAUGGGUUGUGGCAAUUUUAAAUUAAAGGACACAAGAAUUGAAUAACUAGAAGGGAGAAAUACCAGGGAAAAAACGAAAUAGACAUUUGUCAUAGUCACCCAAUGAGCAAUGCAUCAAAUAUACACCAGGUUGCUUGCUUGCGUACUACAAUGCAGAAAGAGGCUGUUUGGCCCAUCAUGUCCAUGCCAGCUCCCAGCAGAGCAAUCCUAUUAACCCUCAGCCCUGCAAUUUGUUCUCUCACAUGCUCAUCAAUUGUCAUUUGAUUAUUUUUCCAUAAACUGCACCAAGGGGUAAUUUACGGUGGCUAAUUAAACUACUGGUUCAUCUUUGGGAUGUUUAAGGAAACCAGAGCACCUGGCAAAAGCUCAUGUGGUCAUUGAAGAACGUGCACACUUCACAGUCAGUACUAGAGGUUAGCAUCAAACCUGGCUUCCUGGAAUUGAAUCAACAGCACUAACUGCUGCACCACUACGCCACCCAAUUUUGUAUUUUCUUUCUUUCAUUUGGUCUCUUAAAUGAGCCCAGUAGGCCUGAGUGUAGCAGUUUUGAUUCAAACCUUGUCAUUUAGUGUUAGUUUAUAACUCCUCACCUUUUAAACAAAUUACUAAGGCAAUACUAUCUUCAUCAAGGAACAUCUCUUGGCAGGGAUUGUUUCUGAGUUAGAGCUGCUAAUCCAAUUUUCAAUGUAGUUGGUAUUGGUAUUGGUUGAAUUCACUGUUAAAACAGUAAUGUUGUCAUCAUCUUUCCAAAUGCUUGUAGAAAUUUUGUAGGUAUCUGAGACAGCCUUGUUUUCAAAAUAACUUUAAAUUUUGUAGGUAUAUUGGUUUUGUCAUUAAAUUUGUUGAGCGUUUAUGCUUUUAUAAAUGUAAUAAACUGGUCUACCAUGACAUCUCUUAUUUCAUGUCUGAAUUUGAGGUGGUUAGCUGUCCUAUAUACCUCUAUUUUUAAAUUAAUUGAUUUCCUUGUGUAUUGUCUAAUCAAGGAACUUUAAUAAGGCUUUGUUUUACACAAUGUAUACUUUGUAGAUUGGAAAAUAUUACUGCAUCUGUAAUUUUGUUUACUUUUGCCGAACUUGAUGCCAUUUGCUGUUUCUCAAUUUCUCCUAUAAAUUAUAUUUUUCCCAUAAACCUGAAACCUAUCUGAAAAAUAUUAUUAAUAAAAUGUUUCUUUUGA